ACCGCCGUCGCGAGCGUACGUUCGGCCUGCCCGCGUCAACACGCCACGUGUGUUUGUGAGUAAAUAGUGCCAGUGAAGUUGAAAUUGGAUUGCUAGUACUCUUGACGAUUCACCACGGUAAGCUCAGCAGUAUUAAACGCAGUGAUUUCGAAGUGAGAAGUUCCUAACUAUUAAAUGGACGGGACUUUUAGAACGAAAAGUGUUUAAACUAAGUACAGUGAACUACAAAAGUUAUAAUGUCAGUGAGGUGACAGGAGGAGCAGCCUUAAGGCUGGUUGGUAAAGACAUUAAUCAUUCCGUUAUUAAAAUUCGUCACCAAGGGCCCGGCGGAGACAGACAAGGAUCAGUGCAAAAUGACAAAGGGCCCUCGGAAAGUGAAACUAGUCAUUGUAGUCAACAAUAAGAAAGACCCGCCUACGUUCAAGACUCUGACGCCAACGUCACGCACGCAGCUGAAGCAACAGUUGAUGCGAGAACAUGCGCAGGAGCAACUGCGCAGAGAGUCUCUACAGGCCCAACAAGCUGGCCAAUCCAAAGACAAUGAGGAGGAGAAGAAGAAGUCUGCCCCGGCCGAUGUGUCCCGGAUCACGCCGAACGUGGAGCUCCCGCCACAGGUCUUGCAGGUCCGAACAGUUCUGGAGAACCCCACCCGGUAUCACGUGAUCCAGAAGCAGAAGAGCCAGGUGCGCCAGUACCUCUCCGAGUCCUUCCAGCCGUCAGUUAAUCAGCCAGCGACGCGCGCAGCACCGGUACAAUCGGCGCCGGAGCUCGGCGGGCGCCCGUCGUCGCCCGACCGCGCGUCCUCUUGCGGUCUGCUAAGCCCAGGCAUCUGUUCCGUGGGCACCAAUAACUCCGAGGCGGAUGAGUUCCUAGAAGACAUUCUGUCGUUGGACAGCGGCGCGGGCCCCCUCUCCUCCUCCGGGCCCCCCUCUACCGCAAGCUCCAUCGCCGGCGACUGUGCGCUUCUCUCUGAUGCGGACAUGCACGCUAUUGCUAAGGACCGACAAAAGAAAGACAACCACAACAUGAUCGAACGCCGCCGUCGCUUCAACAUAAACGACCGUAUAAAAGAACUAGGCACUUUAUUACCAAAAACAAACGAUCCAUUCUACGAUGUAAUUCGUGACGUUCGACCGAACAAGGGGACAAUUCUCAAGAGUAGUGUGGACUACAUCAAGUGCCUGAGGGACGAGGUUAAUAGGCUCAAGCAGAGUGAACAGAGGCGGAAACAGAUCGAGCUCCACAAUAGGAAGCUUAUGCUUCGAAUACAGGAGCUGGAGAGGCUGGCGCGCCUGCACGGGCUGCCGCUGUCGGGCGCCGACUCGGGCUGGGCGUCGCCGCACACCGACACGGACUCGGGCGUGGAGACCGCCGCCUCGGAGCCGCUGGCCUCGCCCGCGCGCGCCGCGGCCGCCCGGCCGUCGCCCGUCCACGACAGACGGGCUGCCGACGCGUCCGCCGGGUUCGACGUCAGAGACGAGGUGGUGGUGCCGAAGACGGAGCCCUCGCCGCUGAUGGAGCUGGGCGAGCCCCCGCCCGACCUUCUUAGGGACAUGCCUUCCACCGAGUGCCUCUCGGCCUUGGACGCUUUAGAUGGCCUUAAACUAGGCUCGUGUUCCCCACUAAGCCGCGAUGAGGGCCUAUCCCUCGGCUGCCUGUCGCCGGAUCUGUGCCUCGACCCGCCGCCAGAUCACUCGCUCUUCACGCACAAGGACAUAAAGCUAUCUCCAUCGCCUGGCCUUCUAAGCAGCGAGGACAGUGAAGCAGUUCUGAACCUGGCGCAGAUCGAGGACCUUAUGGACGACGACUCCCACAACCCCGUCACGCAAGGUACCACCGCCAUGUCGGGCACUCAUUCAUUUAUUGGCCUUCUUACUGUCAAAGUUUCUACACCGGGAAUGGGUAAACUACGUCAAGCGGCCGCUGAAGACCCUGGUGUGUAA